AUGACCACGCCCACUCUCAAGUCUAAGAUGUACACGACCGGUCGAGGAGGAGCGGGCAACAUGGCCAACAACGACUAUGGCGAGGAGGCGCGCACGGCGCAAGACGUCGAUGUGCCUGGCAUCAACCUACCGGAAGGAAGCCACCACACCGGGCGAGGUGGGGCGGCCAACACAUACACACCCUCAGAGAAAGAGACCCUGGACGCACGCAAGAACAAUGAACAAGUACGCAGGUCAUCUUUCCAGCGCAGCAAGGAUCGCGCAGAGGCUGGAUUGAAGGACUUGCGAGACAAGGCGAAAGCUGCUGUCACGGGCAAAGACGAGAAGAGCAGUGAGGAGGCCACAUCGUGA